AUGUCGACGGCUAGUUCCACUCUCAAAAGUUCCCCAUUUUCACAACUACCAACUGAAGAUAUACUAACUGUGGUUUUACCAAGAGAUAGACGUUGGUGGCUCUACUACUAUUUAAGAUUUUUAAAUAAAUCAUGGAUUUUUAGAGCAAUUUAUAUAACUCUGAUUUCGUUAUUAUUGCUAUCAUGGUGGACUGACAGUGAUGAGCUUAAGGUAUUAUAUGGCUUCCUUUUAUUUUUUGUAGCAGUAUUUGGAAGUCUGAUAAGUGCUCUAUUACUGUCUAUAAACAGAAUGAAGUAUUUAAUGGGCACCGAAGGACAAAUGAAAUUGUUGGCUGAAGUAACGAAAUAUAAACCAAGUCUCUAUAUAGAAAAGUGGGAUCUGAUUGCCUCUCAUUUAAAUGAUUACCUUUACGAGAUGAAUGCUUUUCCGGACAGAGAGUUUUUUUAUAAUGGAAAACAGUGCAUGCAUCUUUUUCAAGGUAUAGUUUCUACAAAUAAUACGUUACCAAACGGUUCUACUGACCCUGAAGUUCAAAAUUUUGGCAAAUAUCUUGAACUUGCAAGAGAAGUGCAUAAGGACUCUAUUGAUUUAUAUUGGGCAUCCCAUUAUCCGGAACUUGCAAUAGCUGAUUUGGAUCAGGGAGCUUCCGAAUCGAAUAUUGAGAAUUUAGAUUUCAUAACUUCGAAAUAG